AUGUGUGUGACCGCUCACUUUAUUGAUGGUGAUUGGAAGUUGCAGAAGCGGAUCAUUUCAUUCGUUCGGAUUAGCGACCACAAGGGGGCAACGAUUGGGAGGGAGUUGGAGGAGUGUAUGCUUGAUUGGGGCAUUGAUAAAAUCCUCACAAUUACGGUGGACAAUGCUACCUCUAACGACUCUGCUAUUGAUUGGUUGAGAACAAGGGAAAUAGGAAGUGAGGAUUGUGUUGCAGCUCACGAGUUUAUUCACAUGAGGUGUACGGCACACAUCUUAAACCUUGUUGUGAGUGAAGGUUUGAAAGAUGUUGAUGACUCGAUCAUAAGAGUCAGAAAUCUGAUUAAGUAUGUGAAGUCUUCUCCCCAAAGACUUGCCACUUUCAAGUCUUGUGUUGAUAGGUCAAAAGUGCCAUGUUCUAGUUUCUUGUGUCUCGACGUGCCUACUAGAUGGAACUCGACUUUUCUUAUGUUGGACGUGGCUGAGAAGUAUCAAAAAGCCUUCCAACUUUUGCUUGAUGAGGAUCCCUACUCAAGAGUUUAUUUAUCUGAGGAUGGGCAUGGGAAAAAGGGUCUAGGAGCUCCUGAGGCUGAUGAUUGGGAGACCAUAAGAAACUUUUCGAAGAUGAUUGGGAUGACCAUAAUGUCACUUUUCGAAGUUUCUUCAUGGUUUUGUGGUGGCAGCGUAACUGGGUCUAAGUCAAAUUGGAGUCGGAGUGGUGAGGCUAGUGCAUCAAUGGGGAGUAAUAGUGGUACCGGUAAUGAUGAUGAUCCCAUGGACUUUUUGUUCGAAUUCCAUAAAGAUAAAAAAUCAGCAUCCUUGAUGGAUUGUAAGUCUGAACUAGAGCGGUAUUUGUUGGAGGAUGUUGAGAUUCCUACGGGGAAUUUUGAAAUUUUGGUAUGGUGGAAAGUCAACUCAAGCAAAUAUCUAGUUCUUGCCCUAAUGGCAAGAGAUAUCUUGGCCAUUCCGAUCACCACCGUUGCAUCUGAGUCGGCAUUUAGCACAGGAAGCCGUGUCCUGGAUCCAUUUAAGAGUUCUUUGGCUCCUAGAACUGUCGAAGCUCUUGUGUGCACGCAAAACUGGUUGAAAUCAACUCCUAUAUGCUUGAGUCAAAAUUAUACGGAUGCCAUUGAUGAUGCAGAGAGUUAUAAGUUAGACUCAGAAUUAAUCACUGGUAUGGCCAACUUACUUCGUGAAGAUGAUUGA